CGCGCCCCCAGCUGCGCAGCCCCGGCCCCCCAGCGCCGCCCGGUCCCGGGGCGCCAGCCGGCCCGGGGUUCGCUCCGGGGGGAGGGGAGUUUCGGGGGUACCGGGCGGGGGAGUCGCGAGCCAGCGGGGAGGGGGCGGCGGGUUUCAUGUGCCCAGCAUGAGCUCCUACUUCGUCAACCCCCUGUUCUCCAAGUACAAAGGCGGCGAGUCGCUGGAGCCGGCCUACUACGACUGCCGGUUCCCCCAAGGCGUGGGCAGGAGCCAUGCGCUGGUGUACGGGCCCGGCGGCUCGGCGCCCGGCUUCCAGCACGCCUCGCACCACGUCCAAGACUUCUUCCACCACGGCACCUCGGGCAUCUCCAACUCGGGCUACCAGCAGAACCCGUGCUCGCUGAGCUGCCACGGAGACGCCUCCAAAUUCUAUGGCUACGAGGCGCUCCCCAGACAGUCCCUUUAUGGGGCUCAGCAAGAGGCGAGCGUGGUGCAAUAUCCCGACUGUAAAUCCUCCGCCAACACUAACAGUAGCGAAGGACAAGGCCACUUAAAUCAAAACUCGUCUCCCAGCCUCAUGUUUCCAUGGAUGAGACCCCACGCUCCGGGGCGGCGCAGUGGAAGGCAAACUUACAGCCGGUAUCAGACCUUGGAACUAGAAAAGGAGUUUCUCUUUAAUCCUUAUUUGACACGGAAGCGCCGGAUUGAGGUCUCUCACGCCCUGGGACUGACCGAGAGACAAGUGAAGAUCUGGUUCCAGAACCGGAGGAUGAAAUGGAAAAAGGAGAACAACAAGGAUAAACUGCCUGGAGCCCGGGACGAGGAGAAGGUGGAGGAAGAAGGAAAUGAGGAAGAGGAGAAAGAAGAAGAGGAAAAGGAAGAAAACAAGGACUAAGCAAAAAAAAAAAAAAAAAAAAAGAGGGACCCCCCCCCCCAGCAACUCCCUUGAAGUUUCGUUUUAUGGUAGCGGAUAAAUUGAGAAGUUUACGACUGUCAUUUGCUUUUAUAGAGAAUAGAAUGACACUCACAACCCUAACUACCUGUCAGAUACUUGCAGCUCUGAUUUUAUUACCUUUGGACUUCCCCCAUCUUCAUUUGUUUGGGGGCCGGAGGGGGGAGACCCAGACACGGCGGAAAGUUUGGACUCUGUCUCAGUCCUGGCCCCAGGUCACACUUGUCCCUCCCUGCCCUUCCCAGUCCUGCCAGGAUUCGAAGGUCUGAGACGUGGCCUCUUCACCCCCUCGGCCCCCUCUUGACACACUCCCACCUCCCUGCUUCUCUGGUAUUUAUUUAGAGGGGAGCCCCUCAAAUAUGGAUGAAGACUCUCCUGGCUUUGUUGUUAUGCUAGGAUGGACGAUCUAGAUUUACUUUCUUUUCCAAAGGGAAGAAAAAGUGAAGACAGGAAAAGGGAAAAAUGUUCAAAGAAAUUCAACAACAACAACAA